AGCGUCCACUCAACGCACCAUAUAACGCUCAGCGGCCAUGUUCAGCAAAUUGACAACCAAAAUCGCGCUCCACAAGGCCGGGCUGGGAAACGUCUCGCUUCCCACCUUUCCGAAAUCAGAACCCAACUAUACUUCGAGGAACAAAGGUGAUGGGAAUUCAGAUAGAUCAGAAGGAGGAGGAUUCCAGAACCCAUUAGCGAAUAUCUCAUGGGGGGUUCCGAAGGCACUAGAGUCAUGGAAGACUCCACCACCUCCCCCGAAUCCGGUGCGCGAGCCACCUCAAGUUGGAGAUAGGGCGCAGAGCAAUGUGAAACUCAAGUUCCCGGCUAUCGACGGACGGCCAUGCCUUGUCAUUUUUCUAAGAUAUACUGGUUGCCCUUUCACGGAGAAGAUAUUCCUAGCAAUGCGCUCCCUCAGCAAUCGCCACCCCUCAAUCCACUUCAUCGCUGUGUCUCACUGUACCCCAACAGCCACCAACGAAUGGGUGAAAGCUCUUGGCGGGGCUUGGAAUGUCGAUGUUGUGGUCGAUCAGUCUCGGGAACUAUACGCCCUUUGGGGUCUGGGUAUCUCGAAUUGGGGUCAUGUUCUACACCCCCGUAAUGGAUACAACCAAUAUUUGCUUGGGAAGAAAGAAGGUGUUUGGGGAAGCGUAGUCGGAGAAGGAGGGUGCAGAUGGCAGGUUGGCGGCGCAUAUGCAAUCGAUGAGAGAGGGACUGUCAAGUGGGGUGGGCCGAUGAAGAGUGUUGACGAUCAGAUCCACUUAGAAGACGGCGUGAAAGCACUAGGAUUUGGUGGGGAGAGUAAGUCCGGGGUGUUCUGAACAAGCAGCAGUUUCCAGAAGAUGUAUAUUGUUGGUUCUGUUUGGCGCUAAGCGUUCAAUGGUUUGAGAUAUCCAAGUGCUCCUGAUUAUUAG